UGUUACUUAACGUUUCAGCCAUGUAGUAAACGUCUAAUCUUCCUCUUAUUCCUAAAACCUUUAUUAAGAAGAAAAAGAGAGAGUCAGGGAGGAUAUAUUUAUUUCCUGACGCAUAAUUGAAAACGGAAAUCAUGUCACCUGCUUUCUGCUGUCAAUAAAUUCUAAAAAAAGAAGACGCUAUCUGGAAUUCUUUCGAUAACGUUGAUCAAGUUCUUUGGCUUUUGAGAUUGGAUAUAGAAGGUCGGUGAAACCAAAGGAGAAAUAUUACGUGGUAUCACCUUCAUGCAUCUUGCUUCUUGUAAGUGUUAAUGAAAGUUCAGGAAACGAAAGAUAAAGAGUUAUGAUAUAAUACAGCAAAUAAUUUGCCAAAAAGUGCGUGCUGAAUAUGGAAAGAAUCUUCCUGACAUCGGAUAUGAAACCAACGGCAUUAUGGCGUUUAUUGUGUUGUAUUGGGCUAAUUCUUUCUCAGAUUGCAUGUGAAUCUGAUGUACCGCCGGAGAGAGAAGAAGAUGGUCGGCGGCCCAUUUGGAAUAUUGCUCACAUGGUUAACGCUAUCUACCAGGUCGAUUAUUACCUUCGAAAGGGAGCCAACAGCGUAGAAUUCGACGUAGAGUUCAACUCUGAAGGGAAAGCCAUGCGUACAUUUCAUGGACUGCCCUGCGACUGCUUCAGGAAUUGCUACCGAACUGAAAACUUCAUCGAUUACAUUGACUACCUGAGCAAAGUAACAACACCAGGAGACGAAAACUUUCGAGAAACUUUAGUGCUACUCUUCAUGGAUGUCAAACUUCGGGAUCUGAGUCGCAAAGCUAAGUUCCGAGCUGGUGAAGACAUUGCUAAGAAGUUAAUUAAGUAUUACUGGAAAAAAGGUACGCCAAAAGCCAGAGCUUAUAUUCUAAUAUCACUUCCUUCCAUCAACCAUUUGGAAUUUGUGGAGAGCUUCAGACAAACACUGUCAGACAACAAAUACUCAUCCUAUUAUGAAUCAAAAACAGGUCUGAAAUCAAGUGUAAUCGUAUGGUCCAUUACAUUCUUGCCUUCACGUUUAAUGCUCAUCGGUGGCCAGGGCAACCUGUAUGAGUGCAAUGGGCAGCAAGACAUAGGAGCGUCAAAAUUUUUAGAAUUUUGGCAGGAACUGGAAGGCAUAAUUUGCAAGCAGCAGUUAUUCUAUUAG